UGUUUACCAAACACAUAGCAGCCGACAAAAUGGCGGCGGCCAUGUUUAUGUUCCGCCACUUGCAGCGUGCAACAGCUAUUCAUUCCAGUUUCUCGCAAUCCCUCGGUCUACUGGGCCGAAAUGGGACCGAAGUCGUCGCGAGACGCGCCGCCACUCAAAGCCAAAAUGUGGAAAAGGCCGCGAAGGUAUCUACGGACGAUAGGCCUUACGUGAACGUCGGCACGAUCGGUCACAUUGACCACGGCAAAACCACCCUCACGUCCGCUAUCACCCGCGCCUUGUCCCUGGACGGCAACGCCAAGUUCAUCAAGUACGACCAGAUAGACCGCGCACCCGAAGAAAAACUACGCGGCAUCACCAUCAACGCCACGCACCUCGAGUACAGCACCCCGACACGCCACUACGCGCACACCGACUGCCCGGGCCACGCGGACUUUAUCAAAAACAUGAUCUGCGGGACCAGUCAGAUGGACGGCGCCAUCUUAGUGGUCGCAGCAGACGACGGCUGCAUGCCGCAGACGCGGGAGCACUUGGCCAUCUGCAAGCAGCUCGGCGUCUCCCGUAUCAUCGCGUUCGUCAACAAAGCCGAUAUCGCGGACGCGGACACGUUAGAACUGGUCGAACUCGAGCUGCGCGACUUGCUCGAUAGCUACAAGUUUCCGAACGUGUCCACCAUGCCGGUUAUUUGGGGAUCGGCCUUGCUGGCCAUGGAAGGCGACGAGACACACGAGUACGGGUUGCAGUCCGUCCGAAAACUGAUCAAAACAAUGGACACCUACUUCGAGCCUCCACAGCGUGACGUCACUGGACCUGUCUUGGUACCCCUAGAGGGUGCCCUGAACGUAAAAGGCCGCGGAACGGUUCUGAUUGGCACCCUCUACCGCGGCACGCUCAAGAAAGCAGACGCUGUAGAACUCGUCGGCUUCGACAAAACCUUCAAGACCGUCGUGACGGAAAUACAGCGGUUCGGUAAGACCAUCGAUGAGUGCCAGGCCGGAGACCAUGUCGGACUGCUUGUCCGUGGCGUGAAGACCACCGCGGUUGAGCGAGGAAUGAGCCUUGUCGCGCCGGGCACGGCCUCUUUGGGGAAUCGUUUUCGGGCUCAGCUUUAUCUCCUAGCCGAAGCCGAAGGUGGACGGUCGAAGCCGAUAUCCAAGAAGUACAUCAUGCCCAUCUUCUGUCGUACCUGGAACAUGCCCUGCCGGGUUGAUGUCGUUGGCGGCGGCAUGCUGAUGCCUGGGGACUAUGCUGACGUGGAGCUGACAUUACCCAAGAAGAUGAUCAUGACGCCCGGACAAAGUUUCUCGAUCCGAGAGGAGAAACGGACUGUGGCCACGGGUGUGGUCAGCGAGAUUUUGCCGAGCAUCGUGAUUACGACGACCCAAGUGGGGAAGGUGGACCUUCCGAGCUCGCAGUAGAUCGAUGGUCAGUUUUGUUUGUGAACACAGUGUUGCAUCGGCAACAGAGAUGCGUGCCGACUGGACGUUUUCGGCUGUGCAACAGAACCAUCACAGUCAUUAUAGCCAAGACUGCGAUAACUCACAGUCUUGGCUCUAUGAAGUCAAAUAGGACCGUGUGAAUGGUCCUCUAGAUUUUAUGUGGUUACCUGCCAUGCUAGGGUAGAUAUUGCAAUGAGAUCAAACAACUGAUAAUGAUCCACUAAAGCUUAAUGUAACCAGAAACAUUGUGUUUCAUGUGGCUCCGAGGUUCAUCAAAUUAAAUAAUACAUAGAAUAGAAUAGCCUUAUUUGCAGCAUAUAGCUCUUUACAACCUACACUAACGAGCUGGUUUAAUUAAGUCUCGGGGGCUCCUGGCUUAGCAGGUGGCAAAACAAAAACAAUGCAAAGGUGACAUGUAUGCUGAAACUACUUAGUACAUAAAAAAUUUACGCAAUCACAAAGUGACACCAUAGAUAGGUCAUGGAUAGAUUAAAAACAACAGUAGCAAAAAUAAAAAAAAACAGUGAGUGUGCAGUCAAGCUGGUGAUAUCAUAAUGUAAAACACGAGACUGUGGUGCGGAAACAUCAAGGAACUUUCAAGUCGAAGGAGAAAACAACAGAGGAGAAUGUCUCUUAUUGUUAAUACAACCUCUGGUCAUUAUGUUAACCA